AUGAAGGAUAUCUUAGGCUUUGAAGACUCGCUGCGCUACCGAGAACGAUAUCAGCAUAUCGAAAGCUCACACCGUCGUCGCCGACGGAAGAGAUCCUCCCCCCCGGACGAUGAAUACUACUUCUAUCGUCGACCUCGUCGGAAUUCGGGCCCAUUUCAAGAAAACCCACAGCCACAACACCAAUACGAAGGAACUCGCAAAAGAAACCAACGCCCUUCACGCUCAGCGUCCACAUCCUCCUACACUCGAACCCGCCACCCGAAGAUAAUCGAAAGAACACCCAACACAACCGCUGAAGCCAGCUCCGCCCCAAGAAGAAGAGUCUCAUUCACAGAUCCACUCGAAACACCACCCCGCCCCCUAAGGCAAAAACGCUCUUCAAUCGACGACCAAACCGGGUCCCGGAAACGGAAUUCCCACGAGACAUCAGGCCGCUUCUACCGGGAAGAUACUAGCAUCGAUACUAGUAUCCGUAUCCAAGAGCGAGAGCCCCGGCCUCGCUCACCAGUACUAGAACGAACGCCCCUCCGAUCCGGACGAAGAAUUUCAACAUCGCCCCCAAAACGCGGGUCCCCGGGCAGCUACGAGAAUCAUGGUUAUGACUACGGUGCCGAUGUGCAAUAUAUCCCGUCUCGCGAAAGUAGACCGUACUCGUAUCCUGAUAUUGAUAUCGAGAUCGUUGACCGAUCGCCUAAACGCCCGCGAAGCUCGGAGCGGCGCGAACGGUGGUACUCUAGUAUGAACCGGCCGCCGGAUAUAAUUGAUGCUGCGAAUCAGGAGCUCGAUGCGAGAUCGAGGCGAAUGCUGGAUGAGGCAUGUUAUCGGAGAUCGGCUCUUCGGGGUCGGAGGAAUGAAUUUGAGGUACGUCGUUGA